GUGUGUGCACAGGAAGACUUGAUUGGUGUGGGGUAAGGAGAGGGUGAGGAGAGAGAGACUGAGAGAGAGGGGAGGCUACCCUCUUCAAAGGACCUCUCAGACUCUACACGUUAAUGAGGGAUUUAGACCCUGAAGCCCUCAGACCCUGACAGCUACACACAGGCAGAAGGACGAGCACACAAACAGACGGACAUACACAGAAAAAUACAUACUUUUUGGGUUUGAAAUGACGUGGCGUGAGCUACGCAGUCGGCAAUUCUGGUGCGCCAUCCUUGCUGAGCUGCUCGGCACCAUGAUCCUAGUGAGCGCUGUGCUGGGGGCCUCUGUGCCGGGCCCGGGAGAGGCCUCCACGGGACCCCUGUACCCAGCAGUGGCAGUAGGGGUGUCAAUUAUUGCGCUGAUACACUGUUUUGGAGAAAUAAGCGGGGCACAGGUGAACCCUGCAGUGACUCUGGCUCUGUUGGCCACUCGUAGGCUGGAUGUUCUCAGGGCCGUUGUUUAUAUCGCUGUACAGUGUUUGGGGGCCACUUUAGGAGCCGGGGCCCUCUACCUGGCCCUGCCAGUCAAAUCCACUGCAGACAUCUUCGUCAACAGGGUUCCCAUAGAGCUGAAUGCAGCCCAGGCUCUGGGCAUGGAGGUGUUGUGCACCUUCCAGAUGGUUUUCACCGUUUUCUCAGUGGAGGAUCAGCGACGGAGGGAAAGCACAGAACCAGGAAACCUCGCCAUAGGAUUAGCCCACACUGCUGGAGUGCUAAUAGCGGGGCGCUUCUCCGGUGCCAGUAUGAACCCUGCACGCUCUCUGGGUCCAGCCAUCAUCACGGGUAAAUGGGAAAACCACUGGGUUUAUUGGCUUGGCCCGGUGAUGGGCUCCAUACUGGCAGGAGUGUCCCAUGAGUUCUUCUUUGCACGCAGCGCCUCUCGCCAGAAGUUUAUGGCAUGUCUGACCUGUAAGGACAUCGAGAUUGUUGAGGCGGCCAGCAUCACGGGAUCGUCUCUGUCCACAGUCACACAGAACGCCAUCAGAGCCAAACAGGCCAACAACUGAGGACACAAGCAUGAAGAAACACAUACAUACAUACCCCUACACACCCACACACCCACACCCCUCUCCCCCCCCACACACACACACACACACACACAAACGAUUUUGUAAAGAUGCAUAGUGUGCAGGUCUUCAGAACAUCAGGCUUUUAUUUAAACAAUAACCAAAACUAUAUCUACAGAUGAAGUUAGUGUUGGGACAAUCAUUUAAUAUUCCAGUUAAAACGUUUUAAAGCACUUUAUGAAUGAAAUGAAGAAAUAGUAAACAUAUUACUUGAAUGAAAGUGUUAACAGCUCAAGAGCAAAUUCAAUUGUCUUUUAAUUUUAACAUUGACUUUUGUUGAUCUCCGGCUUUCUUUCAAACAGUUCAUGUGAAAAAACAUUACACCCCGAAAUGCAUUAUCAUGUUAAUCAAUUCAUAUUUUAUUCUAAAAAUGUCCAUCGUUAUUUCCAAAUCCUUAGGUUCUGUUGGGUUAUCACUGAUAUUUAGUUUACAUUUACAUAAUACAUUUUAGAAACUGGAAUCCUUAAAUGUAAAUAUAUCUAUAACCAGAACAGGUGAAUAUUGAGUGAGACAUUACUGAUUGAUUUACAUCAAUGUAAUUUCCAAAAACUGAUUUGCAUCUGGUGAAAAAAGCUAUUUCUUCGAUAUUUUAAGCAUCGCAGGCUCUGCCUUAGACAUUGCUAUAAAGAGAUGAAGCCAAUAUUUUGACAAAACAAUAUUACUCAGAAACAGCCAUAUUUUACGAGUUGACUGUAGAAAAAAAGUGGCUAGGAGGUCAGGGCAAAUGUUGUUGAGUAAAAAAGUACGGAUUACAUUUACAAAAUAGUAGAUUAGAAGGUAGCACAACAUAAAAAUACUUCACCAAAGGGAUCAGAACCUGGAAACGUUGUCAAACAUGCAGUAUCAUGUUAUCAACGGAAAUAACAGGACGUAAAAUGUGCCGUUCUGCUGAAUUACGGCCACUUUUAGAUUUUUAGGGAUGAUGAUAAUGUGUGGUAUAAUAAUAGACACAAGUAGAGAAGAGUAAUACAUUCUGCAAAUUAUUUAGUGAAAAAAUAAGAACAAACAAAUAAACAAUAGCUAAUGGUUAUGGUAAACUAAGUACCAUAAACCCUAGAGAAUAUUUGGCUGGUAUAUUUUAUUGAUCAUGAAGUUAAAUGUAAAUUAUUUGGCACGAUUUUAAGUUAGUAUUUUUGCAAAGCAUCAUGUCCCUGCAGGUAUCGUUUUUAUUUUGUAUGUUUUAACUGUGCUGUCGGUAAGUUUAAACAUUCUAUGUUGUUUAGGUGGUAAUAAGAAGGGCAACAAAGGGAAGGAUGAUUUGAAACCGUCACUGAGUUCACCUGACACAUUAUAGAGUGCUAUCCUUUCAAUGUCUCGCCUGAAGCAUUACCGGUAUAUUCUGCAGGCGACACUUUCUGGAUAAAACUCAUCUUUCCCUGCUGCUUUUGUUUUGAGACAAAGCUGCAUUUAAAGGGGCUGAAUGCGUCCUCUGGAGGUCCUGGUUGGCUGUCAUUGCUGCAUGUAGAGAUGCAGGCAAUAUUGUGAAAUUCAAUAUUGUUACUUUCAAAUUUGCACAUCAUUAAAAUAUAUAAUGGAGACUCAUUAAAACCCAGCAGAAAAACACUCUUAUGUUUGCAAUUUUUAGUUUCAUCCCGCAGCUGUGAAUGCUUUGAAAUGCUAAAGAGGUCCUUGCACUGCAUUGUGGGUUCAAUGAUUCUCCAAAAUGUCUGUCAUGUUGGUGUCUGUUAUAACGUAUAAGGCGUUCUAUUCACAAUUUAAUGGGUCUUCAUACCUCUGUAAUGGCUCCAAAGAAAGGACACCUUCAGUGGAAAUAAGCUUUGUAAUCUGAAGUGUGUGUGUUUUUGUGUGUGUAAGUGUGUGUGUGAGAGAGAAAUAAUACCUUUUGCUUUUAUGAAA